CUGGGCCCUGAGACCCGCCCCGGCCUCCUGGGCCCUGAGACCCGCCCCGGCCUCCUGGGCCCUGAGACCCGCCCCGGCCUCCUGGGCCCUGAGACCUGCCCCGGCCUCCCUUGGACACAUCCAAGUUUGGAGACAACCCCCCCUCCCGCCGGCGCCCCAUCUCCUGGGUCCCAAGGCCACUGCCCGGGCACCUCUGGCUUUGGCGCCUUCCCCGUCCCAAGCUGACGCCCCCUCCCUGCCCCGGCGACCCCCACGCCCGGCCACCAUGGCGGCCGGCGUGGCUACCUGGCUGCCCUUUGCCCGUGCGGCCGCCGUGGGCUGGCUGCCCUUGGCCAAGAAGCCGAUACCCAAACCGCCCAGCGACAAGCGACCCCGGGGGGACGAGAUCCUGGUGGUGAACGUGAGCGGCCGGCGGUUCCAGACCUGGCAGAACACGCUGGACCGGUACCCGGACACGCUGCUGGGCAGCUCGGAGAAGGAGUUCUUCUACGACGAGGACAGCCAGGAGUAUUUCUUCGACCGCGACCCGGAGAUCUUCCGCCACGUCUUGAACUUCUACCGCACCGGCCACCUGCACUACCCCCGGCACGAGUGCAUCCAGGCCUUCGACGAGGAGCUGAGCUUUUACGGCAUCAUCCCGGAGCUGAUUGGCGACUGCUGCCUGGAGGAGUACCGCGACCGCAAGAAGGAGAACGCCGAGCGGCUGGCCGAGGACGAGGAAGCGGAGAGCGCCACCGACCUUUCGCUGCCGCCGGACAGCACCGUCCGGCAGCGGCUGUGGCGGGCCUUCGAGAACCCCCACACCAGCACCGUGGCCUUGGUCUUCUACUAUGUCACCGGCUUCUUCAUCGCCGUCUCGGUGAUCGCCAACGUGGUGGAGACCAUCCCCUGCCAGCCGCCGCCCGGCCGGAAGCGCCAGCAGCCCUGCGGCGACCGCUUCCCCUUGGUCUUCUCCUGCAUGGACACAGCCUGCGUCCUCAUCUUCACCGGCGAGUACCUGCUCCGGCUCUUCGCCGCCCCCAGCCGCUGCCGCUUCCUGCGCAGCGUCAUGAGCAUCAUCGACGUGGUGGCCAUCCUGCCCUACUACAUUGGGCUGGUGAUGCCGGAGAACGAGGACGUCAGCGGGGCCUUCGUCACCCUGCGGGUCUUCCGGGUCUUCCGCAUCUUCAAGUUCUCGCGGCACUCGCAGGGGCUGCGGAUCCUGGGCUACACGCUGAAGAGCUGCGCCUCGGAGCUGGGCUUCCUCCUCUUCUCGCUGACCAUGGCCAUCAUCAUCUUCGCCACCGUCAUGUUCUACGCCGAGAAGGGCACCCGCAGCACCAACUUCACCAGCAUCCCGGCCGCCUUCUGGUACACCAUCGUCACCAUGACCACGCUGGGGUACGGGGACAUGGUUCCCAGCACGAUCGCCGGGAAGAUCUUCGGCUCCAUCUGCUCGCUGAGCGGGGUGCUGGUCAUUGCACUGCCGGUGCCCGUCAUUGUCUCCAACUUCAGCCGCAUCUACCACCAGAACCAGCGGGCGGACAAACGCCGGGCGCAGCAGAAGGUUCGCCUGGCACGGAUCCGACUGGCGAAGAGCACCACGACCAACGCCUUCCUGCAGUACAAGCGCAACGGGGGCCUUGAGGCCCUGGGCAGCGCAGCCCAUGCCUUGGCUGUGAGGAAUUGUUCGACCUUCGAGCAGCAGCACCAUCACCUGCUGCACUGCCUGGAGAAGACCACGAGCCACGAGUUCAUGGACGAGCGCUCGUGCAGCGAGGCCGGGCUGGGGGGCUCGGUGGGCGGACGGAGCAGCCGCAGCACCUCCUUCUCCUCCCAGCAGGGCGGCGCCACCUCCUGCUGCCCCCGCCGGGGCCCCCCGCGCCGGGCCCUGCGCCCGGCCCCCUCCACCGCCUCCGUCAGCCGCGCCAGCGCCCAGGAGCUCAACACGCUGCACGGCCACAAGGGGCCCGCCGCCCCCCAGAGCCGCUCCAGCUUGAACGCCAAGGCCCACGAGAACAUGACGAUGACCUACGAUGGGGUGGACCUGGCGGCUGCUCUCACCAGCAUCCCCACGCCCCCCGCCAACACCCCCGAGAGCCGCCCCCCCUCGCCCCGCGCCCUGCCCAACUCCAGCCUGCCUGCCCCCCACCUGCCCCACCGCAUGGUCAAGAUCUCCUCCUUGUAAGGGCAGAGCGUGGAGCGGCUGGCGGGGGUGCCCCGUCCCCUCCGCCCACCACUGGGGCCCGGACACUGGGCUCCUGCCUGCCCCGGACGCCUGGGUUCCACAUGCCUAGGGGCAUUGUCUUCCACAAACGCUGGGGUGCCAGCUGCCUGAGCGCCUGGAUGCCUGGGUCCCCUGCUUCGGUGCAUGUCCUCACCCGGCUGCCUGGGUCCCAGGGACAUUGUCUUCCACAAAUGCUGGGGUGGUGGCCUCUGCCUGAGGGUCUGGAUUUCUCCCGGACGCCUGGGUUCCACAGGAGCAUGGCCUGGCCCAGAAACCUGUGUCCCCCCCACCCCCGCUUAGGCGCAUGACUUCGCCCGGAUGCCUGGGUCCCGCCGCUGUAGCGACACAGUCUUCCACAAACACUGAGGUGCCACCCGCCGAGGGACACGGCCUUGUCCGGAUGCCUGGGUCCUGCCCCCCCCCAUUCGAAUCAAAGCCAUAUCUAGGGGACAGCUAUGCAAGACGGGUAAACAGCACCACUUCCAGGGCCGGCCUGGGUAAAGCCUCCCCCCCACACCCCGCGCUCCCACCCCAAGCAAUGUGGGCAAGAGCCCUGGUUAACCCAAAGCCCUUGUAUGGCCUGUGCUGGGAGGGGAGUGGGGUCCUGCCAGCAGAGGGGGCUGGGAGCCCGGACGCCUGGGUUCUCUCCCCGGCUCUGGGAGGGGCGUGGGGGCUGGUGGGUGAGAGCAGGGGGGGCUGGGAGCCCAGACGCCUGGGUUCUCUCCCUGGCUUGGGGAGGGGCAGGUUUGGGCCAGAGAUCUUUUGUGGAAGCACCAAAUCCACCAGGAUUCACACACACACACCCCCGCCCCGGAUCAGACCCCAUGGGCCCAUGUAGCCCAAUGCCCACCCUAGAUCAGAACCAAGGACCUGCGGGGCCGGACUCCUGGGUCCCUUCCCCACCCCCUUUGAUGGACCCAAGCCCCUGGCCUAUGCAUGUCUCUUCCACCACCGGGGGCCGCUGUCCAUGGCUGCCGACCACCACCUGCCUGGAUCUCCCUUCUAGCCUCAGUGGGAUGGUGCCUCUUUGGGGGAGCAGAAAGGGGGGGUACCAGACCCCCCAAAUUCCACUGCCCCCCUCCUUCCCGGGACCUUGCCUAGGUACAACGAUUGACGGGGACCGGACGCCGAAUCUGCUAAUAACUUCGCGCCUUCGACGGGCUGCCGGCCACCUCGCAAUCUGCCUCGGGUGCCGUUCUAGGCAUUCGGGGGUGGGCAAGACGCCUGGGUUCUCAGCUUGGGGAAGGGAGUGGGGGCUAGUGGUUAGAGCAGGGGGGAGCUGGGAGCCCGGCCGCCUGGGUUCUCUCCCCAGCUCUAGGAAAGGAGGGGGUUGUCUCAGACCCCCCACCCCUGCGAACAGCCUGUAGGGCUAUUGUGCCCCUGAUAAGAGUGGCAGCGGCAUUCCUCACCCCCCCCACAGCACUAACUGUGGGGUGGGGGUCCCGAAACAUCCCGCCCCAGGUGGGCAAUGCAGGGACGAAUGCAUGGAGCUGUGGGGCGGGCGGCAGCCAGCCCCGAGGAAUGGCCAGCAGGGGGGUGCUAGAGGAGACACUGAAGCCACAGGGACCGGGUUGGGGGUGGGCGCCCCCGAGUCCCACCACGCGCUCUGGGGGAGCAGGCACCUCGUUGGUUGAAUAGCACAACGCCCAAUUCCUUGCAUGGCCACUGGGGGGCACCAUGGAAUCUGCUGCACCUCCCCCCCCAUCUAAAGCAAUAUACCCAGUGGGCACCCCCCCCCCCGAGAGGGCAUCCCUAUAGGGGGGGUGCCCCGGCUGGGAGGGGAGGGUAACGCACCCCACACCUCCCCCUUCAAUUUACCUCCAAGUCUACAUGAAAACGAGUGGAAAAGUUGGGGAGGGGCGGAGCCAGGACUCCUGGGUUCUCUCCCCGGCUCUGGGAGGGGAGUGGGUACUAAUAAUUGGGGGCGGGGGAGGCUGGGAGCCAGGACUCCUGGGGCCUCUCCUGACUCAGUGUGUGACCGGUCAAGUCACUUCAACUCAGGUUCCCCUUUGUGUCCACAGGGGGAGAAUAAAAGUGCCCGGCUUUGGGGCGGGGAGGUUGGGCGUUGAACCCCUGUGAGGCCGGGGGCGCGUUUGCUGCACCUUGCAUGGGGGGGGG